UCUCCCACGGCGAAUAGCCGUCAGUCGGUCGUUCCUCGUCGAGGCAGCAACACACGCUCUGCAGGAAUACUCACAAGUGCGGUGAUCUCGCGUGCACUCCAUAUCUCCCAUCCUCCAGCGGCUGACUUUGUGACUCGCGUCUGGUAACGAAGAAAGCAAGAAGGACUGAGAAAAACAAAACGUGUUUAAGUGUUGGUUGCCCGUUGACGAUCGGCGAUUCCUCUUCUGGACAAUGAAUUUGUCUGCGAAGCAAGCUGUCAUCCUUCUCGUGGGCCUGCUCGCCGUGGCUGGCGCUGUGACAGGUUCACCCCAGCCCCAGCGCCGAGAGCUCCAGCCCUCUUCAUCUCGGGAGCAGCCGAGGUUCCUCUCCAGAGGUCAAACCUUCCGAGAGGUGAUCGGCGAAACUCUAGUCCUACCAUGUGACGUGCAAGACUUGGGAUCAUAUGUAAUUCUGUGGCGACGGGGAACGGUGGUGCUGACCGCUGGUAACCUGAUGAUCACCCGUGACGAGAGGUUCCGCCUGAUCGACGGCUUCAAUUUGGAAAUCCGCAAUGUGCGACCACAGGACGCUGGCGACUACGUCUGCUCCAUCGGUUCCGCCGAGAACAAGGAACAAACACAUACCCUGGAAAUACUCGUGCCACCCGUGAUUCGAGGGCAGCCAGCCGGAGGGUCAGUGACCGCAAGGAAGGGAGGAUCCGUCACUCUGGAAUGCAAGGCGUCUGGCAACCCCGUCCCAACCAUCACCUGGAACAAAAAGGGUGCAUCAGUGACUAGUCGAGAGAACAUCGUGGAAGGUUUCUCGUUGACCCUGGAACAGGUGGAUCGCCGCCAGGCUGGCGCCUACCAGUGCUCAGCCAACAACGGCGUCGGCCCGCCAGCCACCUUCGACAUCACUUUGAACGUCCUCUAUCCGCCUGAGAUUGAAGUGGAGCGUAGCUGGGUGCAUUCUGGUGAGGGAUACGAAGCCCAGUUGGUGUGCAUCGUUCACGCAGAGCCGCCAGCAACGGUGCAGUGGUACCACGAAAGCAUACUGCUCGACCCGACCGAGAGACGCAGCAUAGAUACGCGCGGCGCCAAGCACAUCCUCUCGAUCCGCGGAGUUCGCAGCGAAAACUUUGGAAACUACAGCUGCGUGGCUGACAACUCAUUAGGCCGGGCCAAGAAAUACAUGGAACUUUCAGGGCGACCGAGCCCAGCGACGUUUUUGUCGGAACCGUUCAGCAGGGGCCGCGACUUCUACAACCUGAGCUGGGAGGUGACCAGCUGGCCGCCGCUGGAAGAGGCCCGACUGCUGUGGAGGCGGGUGCAGAUGAACGACUCGCUCUCCAUCCCCGGCAAGUGGCAUGACGUGAUUCUGGCGCCCAACCCCAUGACCGCCACCGUCGGAUAUUUGGGCAAGGCCGGCCGUCAUAAGGCCUCCUACGUGAUAAGGCCGCUGCAGCCCGGUGGUGCGUAUGAGGCCGUCGUGCAGGCCAGAAACCGGUUCGGCUGGGGCGAGGUGUCCGACCUCUACAAGUUCUACACUAGAAGUGCCAGCGAGUCGUUACUCGAAGAGGUCAACGACGUGAUGGGCGACGCAGGACCGCACGCUAGCACCAAGGGAAUGUCCACCGCCACCCACAACCUGCCACACAGGACCGCCAUCCUGGCUGUGCUGCUGCCGCUUCUCAUAGUCAGCUGCAACUUUGCUUAGAUUUGAAUUUUUGGCUGCCACUUUUCUCGUCAGCUGCGAAUUUCUACAUGGCGAAAUCUAGCAAUUUUUCUUUGUAUACCGUCUAAUUACCUAGCGUGAUGUGGGUUGUGUGCGAGAACUAGUGCACGCGCGAGAGGGCGAGAGAAUGAGUGUGAGAGAGUUUUUUCGCUUAAUGCAAGCAGGGAGCACUCAUAUGUACCAUCAAUUACCAUCAAGACGACACUUUCUGAUGCGUCAUCCUGUUUUCGGACAAAAGGGAGCGGCGCUGGAUAAAAAUCGCAUCGCAUACCUGCUUGCUGGAAUAACAUUUUUGUGUGGUACGUGUCGUAAACAAGUGAGAAAAGCGAGAGAGACUUCGUGAGUUGGGCAACAAUCGAUUUUUAUGACAUAAGCUUAAGGGUGAGUCUAGCGAGUGCGCGAGCGAGCGAGUGCAUUUUUUCAUCACCUUGUAAAUGGACACUUAUUUUUGAUAAACUGUGCGGCGAAGUUAAAUUCCUUGCAGAUGAUCACGUUAUUUGUAGGGAAGCAGGCUCGAACUGUUUAAAAAGUGUGAUGGACACAAUUUUUCAAAGAGAGGUGCAUGUUGGUGAGACCCGAUGAUUGGUUAGUGACUAAUUAAUUGAAUUAAAUAAUGUUAAAUACUAAUUGAUAAGUGUAGGCGCCAACUGUAAGACGUUAUUUAUGUUUCAUGUGUGUAUCUAAUCAUUCAUUUCCCCGCUCUCGCUCACUCCGAGUUGCGAGCUGUGCUGUUUUUUAACCGGACAUCAAUCUCGUUCGAAGCAACUUCGCAAUGGAAAUAAAGAUUCCGUCUGCAUUUAAGGGUUUCAUACUUAUAUACCAUUAUUCAACUUAUUGCCAAUGUUCACUCACACCGAGAGAGAUUUUCCCAUGUCAUUACAGUGAAAUGCAUUUUAAAACACUCAACACCCUCACAUACAAACACGAUUAUAAUACACAUUAUAAAUAUUAUUAAAAGAUUCAAACUGUUGCUGUUUAGUUGUAAAAAUUCUGGAAUCAAUAAAUGUCAACAGAUGUACAGCUACUUGGAUAA